AUGGGCAUAAACCUCCCAUAUACGUAUGCCAGAUUCAUCGACUCCGAAAUAUUCACCCUCUUCGCUGGUCAGUCCCGCAAGCCCUUCCACGUGCACAAGCAGCUCCUCGCCGAGAUAUCGCCCGCGCUUAAGAGUCACGUCUUCAACGAUAUGAAGGAGGGCCGCGAGAACUGCAUGGAGAUGGAGCAUGUGACGCCGCAGACAAUGUGCCAGUUUCUGGAGUUUUGCUAUACGGGGGAAUAUUCAGAAUUCGCCGACGAUAUCAUAGAUGGAGAUGGAACUGGGGAGGAGGAGGAGCAGGAGGAGCAGGAGGAGCAGGAGGAGGCGGAGGUGGACCGGAGGGAGUGGGACGCGAUGAUGAUGAGGGAGGUGUGUGGGGAGGUUUUUGUUUGUGACACCGAACCUAAAAUCGAACCCAGAGUCGGAAUUCGAACACUGGUCCCACACGCAAAGCUCUACGUCCUCGGGGACAUGUACAACAUCCCGCGCCUGAAAAGCCGAGCUUAUUGGAAUAUCAAUGAGAUGAUUGAAAAACUAGAAAACAGAGGUCGGUCAACUUGGGUUGCUGAUGUGUAUGUUGACCUGGUGAGAUACGCGUGUGAUAAUCUUCCCGAGCGGGCCGGGGGGGGCGGGGUUGAUCCGCUGGUGGAGUAUCUGGCGGGCUGUGCGGCGUGUAAGCUGGGCUCGCUUUGUGGGAACAAGCGAUUUCUGGAGCUGCUGUCGACGGGGGGUAGGGAGGAUUUUACGAGGGCCUUUUUGGAGCGGGUGAAGUUUAGGGAUGGGGCGACGGUGCAGAGGCCGGAUUUUGGAGAGUAG